AUGCCCUCUGCUGUUCGCUCUGCUGAACGCAACAGUGUACUGAAAAGCUUAGCGCUGUUCCUCGCAGGUGACCACGAGUACAUCGACGUGGUCGUGGCGGGUGAGGACGGCGCGUGCCCGGCCACCUCCUCCAGGCUAGUCGUCGACAUCGAUUUCCGGUCCCAGUUCCAGGUGGCUAGACCGGCCCCAUGGUACGCCCGCCUGUGGAGCCGGCUGCCUCCCGUGUUCGUGGGCCCGCGGGGGAAGCUGCGCAAGGCGGUGUCCCUGCUCUGUGCGGCGGCGCAGCGGUCGCUGCGGGAGAGCGGCCUGCAGGUCCCGCCGUGGCGGAGGUCCAGCUACAUGCACGCCAAGUGGCUCCCCUGCGGCGUGGCGCUGCCCGCCGCCGCGGGAGCCCCCGCGGCCCAGUGGUCUAUGGGGAACGGGCGGAGCGGCGUGUCCUGGAGGUCAAGCGGCCUCUCCAUGGAGCUGUCCGGCUCCGGCGCUGAGGUGAACGGCUGCCAAGCUGGGGCCAUCUGGGCGUAG